CAUUGUCUUUUUUCAUAUCUACUUCCGUUGGCUAGAGAGAGAGAGAGAUUAGUAACGUUGUCCUCGUCUGACGUCAUCAUCGAUCUUUUGCUCUACCACAAGGGAAUCAUAAUCAAGAAAAAAAAAAAUGGAAGAAGAGUAUGAGAGUCGUCGGUUAAGGAAAUGGGAAGAGUUGGACGCAGACAUCUUAGUGAAGAUUUUCCACAAGUUCACCGUCUUUGAGCUGGCUCGUGUUUGUAGUGUAUGGAGAACGGUUUGUUGCGAUCCCAUCCUCUGGAAGACUCUUGAUUUGUCACACAUGAGAUCUAGCUUCAUCAAGAUCCCACUGGGGCCUUAUGUCUACGUCGAACGUCGCUCUGAUGAGUCCCUCACUCGCAUCCUCAAACUCUCCAUGAAUCUUAGCGGAGGAAACACGAGGACAUUGGUUUUCCAUUUCAACUUGUUCUUGAGUGAUGAUCAGCUUACUUACACCGCUGAACGGUGUCCAGGGUUGAGACGACUCGUCUUACCAGCUUGGAACAGAAUAAAGAAGACUGGGAUCUGCAAAGCCAUACGGAUCUGGAAAGAUCUCGAGUCACUAACAAUGCCUAGCAUCGCUAACCCGCCUUACCUCUUCACAGAGAUCGCCAACAACUGCAGCAACUUCAAGGAGUUAAAGAUCAUGGGUCCGUUCGAGAUCUUCUUUGCGGACACCCUCAUCACUUGCCUCCCUAACCUCAAAACGCUCAGCCUCAGAUGCUCCGCGAUAAAAAGGGAGGCACUGAUCAAAAUUCUUGACGGGUUAAAGGAUCUUGAGGUGCUCAACAUAUCGCACUCUUACCUUGUGGAGUUGAGUGGGUGGCAGCCGCAGAAGAAAGUGAUUGUGAGAGAGCUGGAUGAGAGGAUACUGGAGAAAGCUUCGAGGCUGAAGAGGUUCUUGACUUGUAUGGAGCAUGACACUUGUGUCAUGUGUCAGAGGACUGAGAAUGAUGAAGGGAUUGUGAGAUGGUAUAAGUAUGAUGAAGAUGACUGGAAGGUUGAUGAAGUCAGCUCUCUUCAUCUUUGAUGUUUUUCUCAUACUAUUUGUCUCUCUGAAACUUUGCUACUUCAUCUUUUUCUCUCUUUUAUUGUGUGUAUAUAGAUGUAGGCAAUCCCUAGAAUAGUAAAAUUUGUAUUUUGUGACAAUACUAUAUAUCACCAAACUUGAGAAUAAAUAAUUUCAAUUAUGCUCAAAAGGCAAUCAA